AUGUCUUGUAUGAUUCCAAUUAUUCUUGGUAGUUCAUUGAUAUUUGCAAAGGUCAUCACUAAAGAAACACAAGCGCAAUUAAGUACAUAUUCAAAAGCUGGACAAAUUGCUCAAGAAGUAUUUAGUUCAUUAAGAACUGUUCUUUCAUUCAAUGGAAGUAAAUACCAACAAAAGCAAUAUGAAAAAGAAUUAAAAUUAAAUGAAUGGUAUACUGUUCGCAAAGAUGCUGCAUUUGGUGCUUUUACUGGUUGGUUAUUUUGUAUAAACUUUGCAGUUUAUUCAAUUGGUUUUACUUUUGGUUCUAUUCUUAUGUCUAAUGACACUCAUCAUACAUUGACUAUUAGUGAGAUUCUUAUUGUUGUUAAUAUGUUUGCACAAGCUUUAAGUUAUCUUAAUGCAACUGGACCUUUCUUUCAAUCAAUUUCGGAAGCUCAAGGUGCAGCAGUAUCUGUAUUUCGACUUAUUGAUGAGGCACAUGAUGAAAAUAUCAAUGAAAGAGAAAUAUUGGAAGAGAACAUAUCUGAUGAAAGAUCUAUUUAUAAUAUUAAUGGUGAUAUUGAAUUUGACAAUGUUAGUUUUAGUUAUCCAUCUAGAGAAAAUGCAACAGCUUUGAAUAAUCUUAAAUUGAUUGCUCGUGCUAAUCAAACAACUGCUCUUGUAGGUUCAAGUGGUUGUGGAAAAAGUACAUGUGUAUCACUUCUUCUUCGCUAUUAUGAACCUUCUUCAGGCAGAAUCAUGAUUGAUGGUCAAUCAAUUACAAAUUAUAAAAUCAAACAAUUUCGUCAAAAUAUUGGAGUUGUUAGUCAAGAACCUAUUUUAUUUGGAAUAAGUAUUUAUGAAAAUAUUCGUUUUGGUAAAAUGAAUGCAACACGUGCAGAGAUUGAACAUGCAGCAGAACAAGCCAAUGCACAUAAAUUCAUUAUGAAAUUACCAAAUAAAUAUGAGACACUUGUUGGUGAACGUGGUAUACAAUUGAGUGGUGGUGAAAAACAACGUAUUGCAUUAGCUCGUGCACUUGUCAAACAACCCAGUAUUCUUUUGUUAGAUGAAGCAACAAGUGCACUUGACAAUGUUAGUGAAAAAAUUGUUCAAGAAGCACUUGAUCGGGCAUGCAAAAAUCGUACAACUAUUGUUAUUGCUCAUCGUUUGACUACAAUUCAAAAUGCUGAUUAUAUCUAUGUAUUAGAUAAAGGAAGUGUGAUUGAAGAAGGUACACAUGAAACAUUAUUGGCAAAAGAAGGAGGUAAAUAUCAAACAAUGAUCAAAAUGCAACAAUCUGAAAAAACGAUUGGUACACAAGAUGGCUUAAUGAAUAUGGCAAAAGCAACAGCUGAAGAUGAAGAACAAAUAUUGGAGCGUGUUCGUUUAUUAAGUGAGAGCGAAGCAAUUGAUACAAAUCGGAGAGCUUUGAUAUCAACAAGAAAAAAAUCUGUCUUUCUAAGACUCUUGAAGAUGAAUAGUCCUGAAUGGGUAUUUAUCUUGACUGGCUGUUUAGCAUGCUUACUUGCUGGAUUACGUGGACCAGUGUUCUCGAUUCUAUUCGCAAAAAUAAUUAAUGAAUUUAAUGAUUGUAAAUACGAUGAUGUACGUCGUCGAGUGUUGAUUACAAGUAGCUUAUUUAUUAUUACCGGAGCUCUUCUUAUGGUUCUUCAUUUUUUUCAAUUUGUGACUUUUGGAGUAGCAGGAGCAAGAUUAGUUAGUCGCAUUCGUUCAAAAGCUUUUGCAUGUUUUCUUCGUCAAGAAGUCGCUUAUUUUGAUCGACCUGAAAACAGUUCUGGUGCUAUAUGUACUCAACUCUCUUCUAAUGCAGCUGCUAUUGAAGAUAUGGCUGGUUCAAGAUUAGGUGUUAUUUGUCAAGCUUUGUCCAUGUGUGCUUUUGGCUUCUUACUUGGCCUUUAUUACAACUGGCAAUUAACAAUAAUCAUAGCUAUUCCUUUCGUUAUCAUGAUGAUCGUGAAUAUUAUUCAAAUACGGUUGAGUUCAUGGUUAAAAACACAAUCGGAUCUCAUUUACUCUCAAGCUAGCACGCUUGCUGUGGAAGUUCUUACUAAUAUGCGCACAGUAAAACAGUUAUCAAUGGAAAAUGAAGUUUUACGACAAUAUUCAAAUAUGAUUGAUCAAGUAUUAACGUUAGUUUUGUGA